CGCGCUGGAUUCGUGGGCUGCUGCCUGCUGCGUAAUAUCGAUAAUGCUUUGACAGACACAGCCUGGCGCUGAAUAUCGGUCGGGACUGUGUUUUGUGUGUAAGCUGUGCCUCCCCACCCGGUACAAUGUGGCAGCUGAGGACGCGCAGCUGAAUGUGAGAACUGUGGAUCUGUCUCGUAGUUAAGAGAGGAGGUGAACGCACCUUGCAUCCAGCCAUGGGAGGUCAGAUCACCAGAAACACCCUCUACGAUUCUCUGAACGGAUCUUUUCCUACAACAUCUCACCGAUGCCAGCACAAAUCCAAGCGCUGCCUGCCCAUCCAGCCCUGUGGAAGUAUGUCUUCUUUCCCUCUUCUCUUCCAUCCCAGCACCAAAGGAUCACAGAUCAUCAUGGACAUGUCCCAGAAGACAGUGAAGAGACAGGGCAGCUUCUGUAAUGCCAUCACAUUCAGCAACAGGCCUAUUGCAGUAUAUGAGCAAGUUCGACUGAAGAUCACUAAAAAGCAGUGCUGUUGGAGCGGUGCGCUGCGUCUUGGUUUUACAUCCAAAGACCCAUCGAGGAUCAAUCCAGACACCUUACCCAAGUAUGCCUGUCCCGACCUGGUCUCUCAGAGUGGCUUCUGGGCAAAAGCCCUGCCAGAGGAGCUCUCCAACGAGGGAAAUAUCAUCUCCUUCUGGGUGGACAAGAGGGGCAGAGUGUUCUACCGAAUCAACGACUCCAGUCCCAUGCUGUUCUUUAGUGGUAUUCAUGUCGGCGAACCUCUUUGGGCUCUCAUAGACGUCUACGGCUUAACCAGGGGGGUCCAGCUACUUGACAGUGAGAUGGUCCCCCUGGACUGCCAGCGUUCUCGUUCCUUUGCUGCCGCCCACCGGGCUUCGAUUCAGCGUAACAGCCAUGACCCUCGCCUCUCCAUCAGUUUGUGUGACCUGAGCCUACAGCAGCAAGACAUGCAUCUGGAAGAAGAUGAUGAGGAAGAAGAACAGUUACAGCCCUUAACCUCCUGCCAUGUACCCCAGAACUCUCAGAACUCACAGCAGUGCUCCCUGCUGCCCGGCCACUUGGACACUGAUCUGCACUUUCACACGGUGCAUGGCGUCCACGUUACCGUGCUGGAUAAGCACACAGUGGCGCGGCUGGAUCACCGUGGUGACGAGAGGACCCUGGUGUUCACCAGCCGACCAAUGCACUGUUCAGAGACUGUGCUUGUAAAAGUGAAAGCAGGAAUCGCCCGAGCUGGGUCUCUCUCUUACGGUGUGACAUCCUGCGACCCGGCCACCCUGAGGCCCAGUGAUCUCCCAUCCAACCCAGAAUCUCUGGUUGACCGCAAGGAAUUCUGGGCCGUAUGUCGGGUGGGGAUGCCACUUCACGGCGGAGAUAUUUUGGGCUUUGUGGUGAAUGCAGAUGGAGAAGUUAUAAUGAGCCAUAAUGGAAUCAGUGCGGGGAUGCAGCUGUGUGUCGAUAACUCCAGGCCGCUCUGGAUGUUCUACGGUCUGCACGGUACCAUCACACAACUCAGGAUUUUAGGCUCAUCUCUGAAUAAAGACCUUCGAGGCCUGUCAGUGCCCAGCUCCCCAUCUUGUACACCUAACAACCCCACAAUGCUCUGCAGCGGCAACUCCGAGUCCAAUCUCAACACUCCGUUGAACAUCAACCUCAAUUCCAGCUUUAACUCCAACUACCACUCACUAUUUUCUUCCUCCACAGGUACAACCCCAAGCUCCCCUUUCUCCAGCCAUCCAGAGUCCCCUACCUUCCCAUCCUCGUGGAGUGAUGAAUGCACCAUUUGCUAUGAGAAUGUGGUGGACACUGUCCUCUACGCUUGUGGACACAUGUGUCUCUGCUAUGCCUGUGGCCUGAAACUCAAGAAGAUGACCAAUGCGUGCUGCCCCAUCUGCAGGAGGAUAAUCAAAGAUAUCAUCAAGACCUACCGGAGCACAUAGGGUCAUGUUAAUCAAUAUCAGGUUCAGUGUUGUAAAAGCCAUUUAAUAAAGACAAAGCACAAGUGAGAGACCCACUUCUCUGUCUAUAUAUAAUCUGGCUCAGGUACUCCACAGCAGGACUUUAAACGCCAUCAUUAAAACAUUUUAAUUACUUCAUACCUAAUGCACAUCAUUGGAAGCUCUUUCUUUUUUAGAUGAGAUUCAUCAAACACUAUCAAAAAAUACAGAAUGAUCACAUAGCAAAAUAUUUGCUACUGCAACAACAGCACACCUGGACCUAAUUCUGCUGAAGAUAAACUGUUAUUUGGAGAGGCAUGUGUCCUACUUCCUGCAGUGUUACCCUUCAUUCUGGUGGUGAUAGCAUCAUCAAGUUAAGUAAGAUUUCCAGUCCUGCAAGAAAUAACAAAGAGAAUCAUUCUGUGGUUUCACCAGCUGCUCCUCCACUCCUUGUCAGGAAGCAUUGAGUCAGUAAGUUGUUUCUGAGGAAGAAUCAAUUCUCACCUAAAUCUUAAAGAAAAUCAAGUCAAGAUAGUUUUAUGAGAUUUGCAGAGGGCAUGCACAUACUAGUGAAAUAUUUGUAGAAAGACUGACAAAGAUCUGUGGUGGAAAAGCUCCUCCAUCAACAACACACAAUGAAAUCUAAACUGUAACGGUAAAGAAAUCCUUAAAGGAGCUGUAAUGUGUAAUGAGUAAAGUGUUUUACUGAAAAUCUCACCCCUCGCUGUCCAUCAUUGAACUUAAGGUGGAGUGAGAUUACCAUAGGGUAAAAAAAAAAGUCUGACCACUGUUACCAUAGAAGGUCACACAUGUUGUGGUGAUUGAGGAUGUGAAUAAGGGAAAAAGAAGCUAGAAAGGAGAGAUGAUAUUGCAUGUUUCAGACAGAGAUGAGAGGAUAAGGUGUAUUUGCCAAGUGCCUGUUGUGGUUUAAAGAAAGUGGGUUUAUUUUUCAGUAAAGGGUGUGUAUGGAUCUGUGUCCAUUGUCUCCAGCUGCUCAGCAAUGAUGCUGAAUUUAAAUAUAUAUAUAUAUAUAUAUAUAUAUCAUUCAAAUUUAACAUUGGGCAGUGUGAUAUUUUAAAAUGCUAAAUGAGCACAGACAAAUGAUGAACUGGCAUUUUCAUCACUGCAAGACUCCAAUAAAAGCUAAUGCCUGUGCUUACUUCAGGUUAUGUGCGUAUCUUAAGUAUUUAUGUAAAAUUAAAACAUGAAUAUAUGACUCAGUGAUGCUGUAUUUACGUACAGUGCAUUUUUAAGUUGAGAAAAUUCAAGGGUUUGCAGUCAGUGACGAACAUCUAGCUUGUUAUUGUGAUCAUUUAAUUUGCAAAUUGCUUUCUGAGAUCUACUCUGUAAAAGUAAUUUGUCUGUAAUUGUGAAGAAAGGCAAGAAAUUUUCAGGUAGUCACCAGUCCUUUAAAGUAAGUGUUGAUUUGUGCCGAAGCAUGUCAUCUCAUCCCUGUGAAAGGAAAAUUAUCAGUUGCAGGUAUGCUGUUUUACAUUUGAAUCAAGUUUUCAAGUGUGCCUUUAAAAAGGGAAAUCUGGACUAACUCAGAUCUGUUAAAAGCUUCCCACUGUGAAAACCAGAAGAAGCACUGAGGUUCAUAGUCAUCUUAAGGUCUCCCUUCCAAGGCUGUGUUGUCUCUGAGCAGCUUCAAACACACAAAUACGCAACAGUUGUAUUGAGUGUGGGAGCACAUGGUUGUGCUAGGUAUCAGGCAGAUGAAAUGCUGAAAUGUCACCUUGCCCCUCUCUGUCACUGGGUUGCACAGUACUGGAAUUUUGUUGUGAGUGUUAAAAGAUGCUCAGCUUUUACAUUGGUACCUAGUUUAGUAUUUCCUCUUGACCAAAUAUGACCUACAUUGUGGAAUAUUUUAAUAGAAAACUAUGUAGUGAGGAGUGUAAUCUUGACUGUACAUUAUGAGGUUUAUUUAUUUUUCAACGCUACUAUAAAAAAAUAUCACUGUUUGUUUCAUAUUUGUGGCUAUAGUGUCCAACAUGUAAAAAUAUUGUUUAUUUUAUGGUUGCAUAGAUUAAGACUAUAGAAAACCUUCCUCCCAACAGAGGAUCUGUGAUUCUGUCAGCUGAUUUUCACUGUAAUAGUUUUGCAUUUUGGGAAAAUACUUGCCCACUUUGUGGUGGAGAGAAAAAUGAGAAGAUUAAUACCAUUUAACAUAUUGAACAUUAGCUGAUUUUUUUCUAAAUAAUACUUCUGCUCCACUAACUUUCAGAUGGAAUUGUAUAACUUUUAAUGUGCUCCACUUAUCUCACAGGUAUUGGUAGCCACUUAAAAGAAUACAAUUUGACAUAUUAAAUGUUAUGGGUAUUGUAAGUAUUGAAUAAUACAGUGCUGCAGCCCCAUUUUUCAAUUAAUUGGCAGGCUACAUUAAAAUUUAAAAAAGAAAGAAAGGAAAAAGCAUAGCACCAGCUUUCACCAGACGGGUGCAAGAAGAGAUAACACUGAAAAACUAAAAUACCUCUCAUCUAAGUAGGAAAGUUGCCAACAUGUUUGUACCACAAUUAUAAUAAAAAGACCAUCUCAGAGAGGCUGACUCUUUCAGCAUUCUAAAUGUUUCAUCAGUGGUACAUAAUAGCAUUAGACUGUCAAAAUUUACAGAAAGGUUACAAAAAGGCUUAAGUUUAUCAACUGGCACUGCAUUAAUAAAUUCGGUGGCUGAAAUCACUGAAUGGGCUCACGAGUGGUUUUGACAACUACUGUCAGUGAAUGUCCACAGAUACUGAUUAAAACUUUGCCAUGCAAAGAAAAUAUAUAUGAAAAUGAGAUCCACAAGCACAGUCUCCUUCACUGGAACACCAGAUGCUGUAGAAAACUGCCCUAUGAGCCUGCAUUUUAGAACAUAAUAAUACAGACAAACAUACAAACAAGAACUUUGGGCAAAAAUGGAAAUAUCUUGCUUAAAAAAGAACUAAUUAGUCUCCUGAUUUACCAAAAAGUGACACUCAGUGCAACUCAGUGGUAUAUGUACCUUUUCAGAUCUGUAACAUAUUGCACGCAAUUCAUCAUGAUCAUGAUAUCUUUUCACAUGUUAUGAAUAAUUUUUUGAUAACUAAGUUCUUAAAGAAAGCAAAGUAUUGUAUAGCCUCAAUCUGUAAGAUUUGCUUCUAGUCUAAUCCAGCCCCUGCUAAAGGCUAUUGUAAUAUGUUUUGUUUACAAUUUAAGCUCAGCAGCAAGCUAAAAUACAUGUGCUAAAAUAGUAAAACAGAGGGCAACAAUCCGUUCCUUCAAAUCCCCAUCAUGGUAGUUGCCUGGCAACAGGUUUCUGCCUAAAAAAAUUUCCCAGCCCCAUCUGGCUUAUUACCACUGACAAAAUGUUCAAUUUUUUUAUAUAUAUAAAAACUGAACACUUUGUGAUUUCAUAUAUUAAACACAGAGACUAUAACAGCAUUCUUACUUACAUUUAGAAGCUUGGUAGAGGAUGUUGGAAGAUGGCGGUUUUAGUCUUUUCAUCAUUUUCCCAAAAUGCUAAAAGCUUUAAUACCAUAUGCUAAGAUAUAAAUCUUUACCUUUAGGUUAAUCAUGUUUAAGUGAGUAGUUUUAUUAAGACAGUCUCUUCUUUCCAUAUGUGACCAAAUGCUUUCAGUCUAAAAUGAAUCAUAAACUGUUAAGUUAUGGAGGUUAUUGUUUAUGGAGCAAGAAAAUAAGCUCAUAACUUUGGUUUUCUGGGCUUUUGGUUCUAUUAAGCUAGUUGUUUAAACAAUAUUAUUGGUAUCUGAAUUUGCUAAACAUGUUCUGUUUGUUAAAUAAAAUUCAAGUCUGUAA